CAACUUCAUAUACUACUGUGAAUUUCUCUUUCUUGCCUGACUAAUAUCUCUUUCACUUCCUCCUUUCUGCACCACACAUUCAAGCAUCUUGUGAUUUUCUCUUUCUAGAUCUACAAAUCUAUUCAAUUUUAAUCUCAGCUCAGACGUUCACAUCUCUCAGCAAAGUGGUGAAAAUGUUAAGCCGGAUUUUCGAGCCAUUUUUGAAAAAGGUACGGGAGUCAAUUUUGUCAAAGUUGGUUGAACAAAUGGCGGAUAAUGCACACAACAAUCUCAAAAGUAUAAAGGACUUUGAGCUCAAUCUAAAAGCUCUGCAGAAAAAGUUGAAGUCAUUGAGUGCUAAGGCAUCUGAUGUUGAGGAGCAAAUCAAGAACUCAGAGCUUUCUGGUCGAAAGAAAAGGAAGCGCGAAGUUGACGAUUGGUUGGAAGACGUGAGGUCCUUUGAAAAUCAAGUUAAAGAGUUGGGGGCUCAAGUGGAAUCUGAAGGAUUUAUUGUGAGAUUGAUGGAUGGAGGGUUGCCAGCUAAACUAAAUGAUGAGGUUGACUUGCUUGUUGAGCGAAGUCGGCAUUUCGGUGAACUUGUCCUUGAUGUUUGUGGAAGUAGGGGAGAUAAGUUGUUGACAAAUGAGAUGGUUGGUGAAGCUUUUAACAAAAAUUUGGAAAAGAUUUUGGAACAUUUGGAGAGUGGACAAGUGUCGAGCGUUGGUGUUCAUGGCAUGGGUGGUGUGGGCAAAACGACACUGGCAAAGCACAUUCACAAUCGACUCCUCCAACACUCUCAGGGACGUGUGAUUUGGGUUACAGUCUCUAAAGAAUUUAGUGUUACGACGUUACAAGAUAAAAUUGCUCGUUUUAUAGGUUUGGACUUUGGGGGUGAGGAUAAUGAAGACAAAAGGGCAGCGAGACUCCAUACAACUUUGUCUCAGAUGAAGAAUUCAGUGCUGAUAUUAGAUGAUGUGUGGGAAAAUAUUGAUUUUUUAAAGGUUGGAUGUCCCGUUUCUGUCGAGUGUUGUAGGCUGAUUAUAACCACUCGCAUUUUAAAAUUGUGUCGUCAAAUUUGUUGCCAAAAAGUGAUUCCAGUGCAAACUCUACAUCAUCACGAGGCAUGGAAAUUGUUCAAUGAAACGCUAAGAAAUGAGAUAGAACUUGAUUCUUUGGCAGAAAAAACUGCCAGAUCUGUGGCAGAAUUGUGUGGUGGUCUCCCCCUAGCAAUUGUUACAGUGGCGGGAAGCAUGAGGAGAGAGAGAGCCAUUCAUACAUGGAGAACUGCUUAUGCAGAACUAAAAGAACGUGUCUCAGGGAUAGAUGACAUGGGAGUUGGUAAAGUUUAUAACGUAUUGAAAUAUAGUUUUGAUCGGUUGAAUGGGAAUUGUCCUAGCCAGGGUAAUGAGUUCAAUACAUUGCAACAUUGUUUCCUCCAUUGCGCAUUAUAUCCUGAAGAUAAAGAAUUUACGAAAGACUUUUUGGUUAGAGAGUUCAUUUCAGUAGGGUUGGUGGAGGAAAGAAAGACAAGGAGAGAGCAAGUUGAGCAAGGACACUCCGUAUUGGAUAAAUUAUUGAAUGUGUGCUUAUUGGAAAGUUGUGCUGGUCCCAGUAGAUUUGAUCCUACGGAAUGCGUGAAGAUGCAUGAUCUGUUAAGAAGUAUGGCAUUGAAUAUAUGUGAGGGGAAAUAUAAGGUAAGAGCAAGUGAUAAGUCUUUGAGGGAAAUUCCCAAAGAAGCAGAAUGGGAAAAGGAUCUGGAGAAGGUGUCCUUAAUGAAAAAUGAUAUAGGGAGAAUUGAAGAAGGAAUGUCACCCGAUUGUCCUAAGCUCUCAACGUUGCUUUUAUGCUAUAAUAUUGGGUUGGAGUUUAUCCCAGAUUCAUUCUUUUCUAAAAUGCAAGGACUAUGCACUCUUGAUUUGAGAGGGACUCGCAUAACGAAGCUGCCAAACUCAAUCUGUGCCUUGAAGAGCCUCAAGGCAUUGCUCCUUUGGUCGUGUCGUAAUCUAGAACAUGUGCCAUACUUGGGAGAGAUGAAAGAACUCAGGGAGUUAAACCUCUCGAAUACAGCCAUCACGAAAGUCCCUGGUGGAGUUGGGGAAUUAUUCAAUCUCAAAUUCCUUGCAUUGAAUGUGCAUACAUUGGAGAUGCUUCCAAGAGGAUUGUUUCUUAAACUUGGGAAACUUCAGCACUUAGAAUUACCACUCCGUAUACAAGUAGUGAUUGAAGAAAUUGAGAAUCUGAAACUGCUAGAGGAGUUUAGUGGAAGAGUGGAAAAUAUGAAUGAUUUGAAGUCUUUGAUUACAAGUUGGGGAAGUCGGGUAUGUGACACUUGCUACAGCAUAUUAGUGGGAUCCUAUCAUGAAGAUGAAUACAAUACAAUAGGAGGAACGUGUCAUGAUAAAGAGUUGUUCUUGUUCAAAUGCGACCUUAAAGAUGAGAGAGUAUUAGCAGAGGGAAUUGUGCAGCAAUGUGAGGGUCUGGGCAUAUGCUUUGUGGAUGGAUUGAAGAUAUUGAGAAUUGAAAGCUGUGGAGGAAUAGAGUACAUUUGGAGGAGUGAAUCUCAAAUGUCUGCUAUUGAAGAAAUUGAACUGGUUGAGUUGGAUGCUAUAAAAGGGUUGAUCGAAAAGGGGGAAAUAGGAGCCUCAGCUGCACAUCAACCUGUGUUUUCCUCUCUGACUAAGCUAAGAAUUGAAAAGUGUAACAGGAUGAGGAUAUCAUUACCAGGAGCUCCCAAUCUCGAAGUUAUUGAUAUAAGAGAGUGUGAAGAAAUAGAAGAGAUAUUCGAAGAUGAAGGAACAGGUUCCCUCACCCUCCCUAAAUUAAAAACCUUAUGGUUAACAGAGCUGCCAAGACUAAGGAAGGUGGGGAUACUAUCAAGAGCUCCCAACCUUGAAGUUAUUGAUAUAAGAGAGUGUGAAGAAAUAGAAGAGAUAUUCGAAGACGAAGGAACAGGUUCCCUCACCCUCCCUAAAUUAAAAACCUUACGGUUAAAAGAGCUGCCAAGACUGAGGAAGGUGGGGAUACUAUCAAGUGCUCCCAACCUCGAAGAUAUUCAUAUCAGCUGUUGUGAAGAAAUAGAAGAGAUAUUCGAUGAUGAAGGAACAGGUUCCCUCUCCCUCCCUAAAUUAAAAACCUUACGGUUAAAAGAGCUGCCAAGACUGAGGAAGGUGGGGAUACUAUCAAGAGCUCCCAACCUUGAAGGAAUUCAUAUCAGGGAUUGUGAAAAAAUAGAAGAAAUAUUCGAAGAUGAAGGAACAGGUUCCCCCACCCUCCCUAAAUUAAAAUCCUUACGGUUAGAAGAGCUGCGAAGACUGAGGAAGGUGGGGAUACUAUCAAGUGCUCCCAACCUUGAAGUUAUUGAUAUCAGCAAGUGUGAAGAAAUAGAAGAUGUGUUUGAUGAUGAAGGAAGAGGUUGCCUCACCCUCCCUAAAUUAAAAACCUUAUGCUUAAGAGGGCAGCCAAGACUGAGGAAGGUGGGGAUACUAUCAAGUGCUCCCAACCUCGAAGAUAUUCAUAUCAGCUGUUGUGAAGAAAUAGAAGAGAUAUUCGAAGAUGAAGGAACAGGUUCCCUUUCCCUCCCUAAAUUAAAAACCUUACGGUUAGAAGGGCUGCCAAGACUGAGGAAGGUGGGGAUACUAUUAAGUGCUCCCAACCUUGAAGCUAUUAAUAUCAGCAAGUGUGAAGAAAUAGAAGAUAUGUUUGAUGAUGAAGGAAGAGGUUGCCUCACCCUCCCUAAAUUAAAAACCUUAUGCUUAAGAGGGCAGCCAAGACUGAGGAAGGUGGGGAUACUAUCAAGUGCUCCCAACCUCGAAGAUAUUCAUAUCAGCUGUUGUGAAGAAAUAGAAGAGAUAUUCGAAGAUGAAGGAACAGGUUCCCUCUCCCUCCCUAAAUUAAAAACCUUACGGUUAAAAGGGCUGCCAAGACUGAGGAAGGUGGGGAUACUAUUAAGUGCUCCCAACCUUGAAGCUAUUAAUAUCAGCGAGUGUGAAGAAAUAGAAGAUGUGUUUGAUGAUGAAGGAAGAGGUUGCCUCACCCUCCCUAAAUUAAAAACCUUAUACUUAAAUGGGCAGCCAAGACUGAGGAAGGUGGGGAUACUAUCAAGAGCUCCCAACCUUGAAGUUAUUCUUAUCACCAAGUGUAAAGAAAUAGAAGAUGUGUUUGAUGAUGAAGGAAGAGGUUUCCUCACCCUCCUUAAAUUAAAAUACAUAACGUUAAAAGAGCUGCCAAGACUGAGGAAGGUGGGGAUACUAUCAAGUGCUCCCAACCUUGAAGUUAUUGAUAUCAGCAAGUGUGAAGAAAUAGAAGAUGUGUUUGAUGAUGAAGGAAGUGGUUGCCUCACCUUCCCUAAAUUAAAAAACAUAUGGUUAAAAGAGCUGCCAAGACUGAGGAAGGUGGGGAUACUAUCAAGUGCUCCCAACCUCGAAGAUAUUCAUAUCUGCUGGUGUGAAGAAAUAGAAGAGAUAUUCGAAGAUGAAGGAACAGGUUCCCUCUCCCUCCCUAAAUUAAAAACCUUACGGUUAAAAGGGCUGCCAAGACUGAGGAAGGUGGGGAUACUAUCAAGUGCUCCCAACCUUGAAGAUAUUGAUAUAAGAGAGUGUGAAGAAAUAGAAGAUGUGUUCGAUGAUGAAGGAACAGGUUCCCUCACCCUCCCCAAAUUAAUAUCAUUGGAGUUAGAAGAACUUCCAACACUGAAGAGCCUAUGCAAGGGAACAACCAUCAUUUGCAACUCCAUUGAAGCUAUCUCCAUAAAAGAGUGCCCAAGAUUGAUGAACAAACUUCCUGUGGAUGUGGAUUCGGCUGUGCCUCGACGAUGUAAGAUAAAGGUGAACACAGAAGUGUGGGAAUCAUUGAUGAUGUCGGACAAUCCCAACCUCUCUAUUUUCGAAAGGAGCCACAACAGCCGGUGAUGGAGACAACCCAGGAGGACGCGGGGGGACGGAGGAGACGCCGGCGAUUCCGCUGACGGAGAAGCAGCCGUCGAUCGCGACGACAAAAGCGAGGAGAAACCGUCACCUCACCCUCCCUAAAUUAAUAAUGUUGAAGUUGGAAGAGCUUCCAACACUGAAGAGCCUAUGCAAGGGAACAACCAUCAUUUGCAAGAUUGAUGAACAAACUUCCUGUGGUUGUGGAUUCGCCUCGACGAUGUAAGAUAAAGGUGAAUACAGAACUGUGGGAAGCAUUGAUGUCGGACAAUUCCAACCUCUCUAUUUUCCAAAGGCGGUAAAUAUUUUAUCUUAAAUUAUUGAUGCAUUGUGUUUGGCGCAAAUGUUUCUGGAUUCAUGUUUUAUAAUAACACGACACAUAUCCUUUGCUUAUGCGUCAGCACACGCAUAUCCCUAUAAUAUAAAAUAAUAAUGGAAUUUUUGUAUAAAAAUAAAGAGAAAUGAUUUUUUGACAUAA